AUGUCGAGGGUGGGUAUUUUACAGAGCGUGUACGACGGAAACAUACACAAGAAGAUCUCCGCGGCAGCCUACGAUUCAAACUUGCAUACCACAUACACCCAAAUCCCCCAGCAGACACCAAAGCCAACGUUCAACCCCGAGAAGCACUUGCAAUACUACGCCACCUCCACCGGUAAAGCGCAAUAUGACGAGACAAAGAGAAUCACGAUGGCGCAACUCGGGCACGGCUCGAAACCCAACCAGAUCAGCCCCAUUGGAGUCAGCGAUCCGUUCCCGCUUUUCACCCAGGAGGCCGUUGACAUUAUGAGGUCGGAGGUUUUGCAACGGGACAAUUUCUUGAAGUAUGCUCGCUACAGCUUCAACUCCACCUCAGGGUUAGAUUCCGUGGUGCGCGGAUACGUCAAGACGGAAGGGGUGGUUAAUUGCCCCUUUAUAUAUCAAGCUUGGACCCACCCAACGACCACUGAGUUGGUGUCGCGCAUGGCUGGCGUUGACCUUGAUGUGAUUAUGGACUACGAGAUUGCGCAAGUGAAUGUAUCGAUGCGGGAUCAGGAUACGGUAAUUGAAGAGGUGAAGAAAGUUGAGCGGAGUAUGAGUGAGGGCAGCAGUGAGAUUCCUGCUGUUGUGGGCUGGCAUCAUGAUUCCUACCCCUUUGUAUGUGUUUUGAUGUUGAGUGAGACCACCAACAUGAUUGGCGGCGAAACCAGUUUGCGCAUGGGCCAUGAUAUUAGCGGUGGUGGUGAUGGCAAUAUGUUUGGCAAAGUGGCCGUUGUGCCUGGUCCGCAACGCGGGUCAGCUUGCGUGUUGCAAGGCCGCCUAAUCGAGCACAUUGCCCCCGCUCCUCAAGGUGUAAGCGAGCGUAUCACGAUGGUUACUUCGUACCGCGCUCGCGGGGCUAGUUUGCCCGAUACCAGCGUCUUGGGCACUGUUAAACCCGAAGUCAAUUUCGGGUCGAGGUAUAACGAGUUUUACCAGGAAUGGAUUGGCUAUAGAGCCGAUUUGAUGAAGGACAAGUUGGACUUGAUCAAGACCAAUUGUCGUGGCAAGGCGGGCAAUGGCAAGUUUGACAAGACCAAAACUAUCGAGGCAUUAAAGGAAGUGGAGGCGUAUUUGAAAACGACCUACGAGGAAAUGGUGUUGACCCCGGAGGAAGAGGCAAAGAUGUACAGAAAGGGUUCGAUUGUUUAG